GUCACAGUUGCUCCGCCCAUCACAGGAAGUGUCCGUGUUGUUAGCGGUUGCUGUUAGCUGAUGGAAGAAAAAAAAAAGCCGAGCUGCGACUUGACUAAACCCGAGUUUCCCGUGUGGGAAACACAACCUUGCUUUUGUUGGAGACCUUCCACGACUUUGACGAAGGUGUAAAUAAAUCUGAGGUAGCCAUAGUAACGCUAUGUGUGAGCUGUGAGGGAGAAGCUGCGUCAUACAGGGCUUUGUUGUUGUUAGAGUCGAGCUGCUAACUGAAGAAGUUGGGCUCUGCGGAUAAGGCAUCUCUUAACGCUGAGCUUUGAAGAAUCCAGCAUGCCAAACGAGUCAGACCGCUUAGAGCGCAAAGAAGACAAGGAGUUAAAGGAUGUAUCUGAGGAGACUGCGGGGCAGCAGGUCACGGCCAGCACGCCGAGCCUCCACAGAGAGAACACUCUACAAGCCAGCUCACCCAGGUUGGUUUCUGUUGAGGAGCUAAUGGAGACAGCUAAGGGGGUAACAAACAUGGCAUUAGCUCAUGAAAUCAUGGUCAACAAGGACUUUCAAGUCAAGCCCACAGAGCUUCCUGAAGGAAGCUUGGAGCACAAAGUGAAGGAGAUUAUGCACAAAGUCUUUUGGGAUCGCUUGGAAGCUCAGCUGAACGAGGAUCCACCGUCGUACGAACAUGCCAUCAAACUUCUUGGAGAGAUUAAAGAGACGCUCCUGUCCUUUUUGCUGCCGGGCCAUGGACGCCUGUGCUCCCGCAUUGAAGAGGUUCUGGAUCUGCCACUAAUCCAGCAGCAGGCUGAAAAUGGAGCUCUCAAUAUCGGCCAGCUGUCCCAGUUUGUCGUUGAGAUGAUGGGUUCUCUGUGCGCCCCCUGCAGAGACAAGGACGUCAAGAAACUGAAGCAGAUCACUGAGAUUGUUCCUCUGCUGAAGGCUAUUUUCUCUGUGCUGGACCUAAUGAAGGUGGACAUGGCUAACUUUGCACUGAAGAGCAUCAAGCCACAUCUCAUGCAGCUGUCUGUAGAGUAUGAGAGGAACAAGUUUCAGGAGUUUCUGGAGAAACAACCAAAUGCAUUAGACUACACAAAGAAGUGGCUUGAGGAGACGGUGAAAUCCCUGAGAGAAACAGACAGUUGUGCCUCUGCCUCCAGUGACCCCCCACUUCACCCACUAAAUGUUCAUAAUCAUGCAUACAUUCGCCUGCUCAGGUGGGACCACGCUUCAGACCCUUUCCCAGAGACGGUGCUGAUGGACCAAGUUCGGUUCUUAGAGAUGCAGCAGGAGGCCGAGUGGUUAGUGCUGCUCUCCUCUGUGCUUCUUAUUGUCUACACUACCACAGGAGAAGCCAUCUCAGGCCUGCCAGGACUGAUGGAGACUCUUAAAAACACUGUCAGUGCCAUGCUCACAGAAAUGCACUUGCCGUCAUUUAGUAUGCAGGAGGCCCUAGCAACCAUAGGGGAGAAACUGUGUGUUGAGCUGAGUCACUGUUUAAGCCAGCAUGGCUUCACCUCAUUCUCAGCUGAGAGUAAGAGUACUCUUAAGGGGCAGAUAACAGCCGUCAUCCAGCCAGACAACAUAGUCCGUAAGCUGAUGGAAUCUCGGAUUCAGAGCUACCUACUGGCUGCCCUAGAGUCCAGUCAACACAAGACGCCGCCUCCUCUCCCUGGAGGCCUGGCGCCGGUCAGCAGAGAACUAAAAGAGCUCUCGAUCCGCUUCAGUCGCCUGGUCAACUACAACAAGCUGGUCUUCUCUCCAUUCUACCAGAAGAUCCUACAGAAUAUGCUGACACCAGGGGAGAGCUCCGGCACAGAGAUAUAAACCCCAAAGAUAUGGAGGAGUAACAGAGUGAAGAGUGGUCUGUAGUUUCUUUUUUUCCCUCAUUAGCAACGGUUUGGAUGUAGAGAAAAAGAUUUAGGUGGCUGAUCUUUAAGCUGGGAGGCAAGCCAGCUCUGCUGAACAAGCACCUUUAACUGACUUGUUUCAAACAACAACCAUUUUCACUUACAUGUACUACCGUAGUGUUGUUUCUUCAUUGAAAUAUCAGACCUCAUAAGUGUCACAUUUACAGUACCUAUUUUUGCAUUCAUUUAUUAAGCAUAGCUGCCAGGGAUGGAUAACUUAACUCUGUAUUGUAGUUGUCGUCACCGGGAACAGUAUGACAUAUACGUCUGUGCAAAAUUAUUCACCCCUCUUGAAUUGUUACACGUUUAGUCUCAUUAUAGCCACACACUUGAAAACGGUACAUUGGAAUUUUCUUUGAUAGACAAACAUAAAUUAGUGCGUAUUUGGGAAGUGCAACUUAAA